ACCUACUUUCCUGUAAAACAUUUGCUAGAACCUACACCACCAUCUUUCUUAAACCUUGAAUUUUGUCUACAACGACUGAUAGCUUUGACAUGGCAUCAAUGGCAGCAAUCAGCAAAAUGGGCUUACACUUUUCAGAGGAAUUACGUAAAAAAAAGCUGAAUAAGAAUGUGAGCUUGGCCAGGAAAUUGUUGAAGGUGGAGUACUACUGCUCUCCGAUGAUCAGGAAGGAGAACCUGUUGAGAAGAAAACUAUCUGUGGUAGCAAAUAGUACUGGUUACCGGGCGGCGCCGACCGACAUGGUCAAUGGAAAAAAGUUGAAUGGGAUUCAUGUGGGGAAGAUGAUCAGCAGUACGGAUGCAUGCAUGCUGGGAAAGUUUGUGGAGGAAAGGUUUGUUUACAGACAGACCUUUGUGAUAAGGUCUUAUGAGAUUGGUCCAGACAAAACGGCCACCAUGGAAACCCUCAUGAAUCUUCUCCAGGAGACAGCUCUGAAUCAUGUUUCCAGCUCUGGGUUAGCCGGGAAUGGCUUCGGAGCAACCAGGGAGAUGAGCCUCAGGAAACUGAUUUGGGUGGUGACCCGCAUACACAUUCAAGUAGAGAAGUACAGUUCCUGGGGAGAUGUUGUGGAGAUCGAUACUUGGGUUGAUGCAGCCGGAAAGAAUGGAAUGCGUCGAGACUGGAUAAUUAGAGACUGUAACACUCAAAAGAUCAUAACAAGAGCUACAAGCACAUGGGUGAUUAUGAACAGAGAAACAAGAAGGCUGUGUAAGAUCCCUGAGCAAGUUAGGGAAGAGGUACAACCAUUCUAUCUGAAUAGACUUGCCAUAGCUGCUGCAGCCCAGAACCACAAUGAAAAAAUUGACAAGCUCACUGAUGAAACUGCUGGCAGAAUCCGAUCCGGCUUAGCUCCAAGAUGGAGCGACAUGGAUGCCAACCUCCAUGUCAACAAUGUCAAAUACAUUGGAUGGAUCUUGGAGAGUGUCCCGGUAGAUGUGUUGGAGCAUUACAAUCUCACGAGUAUGACGCUUGAGUAUCGACGGGAGUGUCGACAAUCGGAUCUGCUGGAGUCCUUGACAAGCAUGAAAGCAAAGGUGAGUGAAGAGUCGAGCAACAAGUCAAGAGAUUUGUUGAGCACACACCUGCUUCGCAUGGAUGAUGAUAAGGCAGAAAUAAUCCGAGCAAGAUCAGAGUGGCAGUCCAAACAACAACACUAGAAGUGAUAUGAUCUCAUAUCACAUCUAUAUAUCAGUUCAUCUCCAUGUUUUGUCUUUCAUUUUGUAUUAAUUCAUUAUUUCUUUCGAUAUUUUGGCCUUUGCGAGUUGGGGUUCUUAUGCAGUGCACAUUUUGGAUGGGCGUUCUCUUCAUUCAUUUAUGAGCUCUACGUCUUGGUUUUGGUUGUUUAUCGUUAA